AUGGCGCCUCGUGCGCUCAUUGACCAGCUGCCGCUGGCCACGCGAUACGCACACUUCCAGCUUGUUUUACAGAUCCACGAGCUGCUGAAUGUGCCGGUACUUUCUGGUGAAUUUUCUGUCGUGUACAAAAUCAAGCAUGCUGUCCAAUUGCCGCGGCGACGAGCCAACUCGGAGACUGCGGGGAGCGAUGUUGCCUCUCCAGCGGAUGAUGUCCUCCAGAACGGCUCUAUAGAUAGCAGUAUGAAUCAUGCAACUAUCGAGACAGGACAAGACUCGACUGCAUCGGCAUCGGCAUCAACGCUAUCGGCAGCCUCUGUAUCGAUACCAGCGUCACUAUCGACACGAAACGAUACCAUUGUGCCCAAUAAUUCGGACGACUCACCCAAUACGACGCUCAUGCCAUCGGCUUUCCCCAAGGGCUCGGCGCAGAGAAGCCAUACAUUGCCUUUGGCAGGUGAUGUGCAUUCGACGCCGAUGUCUUCGACGUUGCCUCAGUUCGGAUCUACAGAGGAACUCGUAGCAAGUCCAGACUCGUCCGUCUUAUCACUGGAUCAUCUGCCUAGCGCCCAUGGUAGCGCUGUUGACGAAACGACUUCGGUGGCGUCACCCAGUAUGAAUCGCCGAGGCGAUGCCCGUCUGCAUCCAGCGUCUACGAUGAGCUCAAUGUCUGGCUUUUCAAUGGGUCCGAACAAGAUCAUCAGAAGUACGACGACAUUUGAAGGCGUCCAACACCAUACUGUUAAGUGGGAGGCCACGGCACAAACGGAUGUGCGCAUCGGGAUCAAUCGACAUUUGACGCAUCUCGACAGAGAGACCGAGGCUGGGCACUUGCAUUCGUCCGCCUUACUCUUGACUGUUUGGUGGCGACAGCCGGAUGAUCCACCAGAUACGCGGCGGCGCUUUGGGCAAAUCAAAAUUAACCUUGCUGAGUAUGCACCGGGGAUGCCGCCGUCGCCGAGUGAGCGUAUCGAAUCUCGGCAGUACUUGCUGGACAAGUGCGCGUGUAAUGCCUUACUGCGCUUGUCGAUCGACAUGCGCCGUUUGGACACGACUCAUUCGUACAGAGUGCCACGUAUCAAGCAGGGACUCGUUGACCCAGCCAAUGCCAUAAUGCAAGGUCGGAGUGCGUCGGGUGAGCGCGACGCGAUCUAUGCUUCGUCGCAACGUGAGCCCGAACUGAUGCACGGCCUCGAGUGGCACUUCAAGCUGCCUUUGCCCAUGAUGUUCAACAUUGCAGCUGUGCGACCAGAAUUUUUAAAUGCGAGUGGACGGCGCGAAUGCACGUCCUCGAAUCCGAACUCACUCAUGCAUGGCUUUUCGCGAGAUGCAUCGCAACCUAGGCAUGAGUUCUGCCAAUUGAACUCGGUGGCGCUCGUUGACGAGCUCGUUCAGGGCAUGUUGGGGCCGACAGUCGAUCAGCGUGCUGAGUCGCAUGACGACGAGGAUGCAUCCUCAUCGUCGCGGUCUCCACGGAGCCAAAAGAUUCGGAGCCGCUGGAAACGCAUUAUUGAGACGGUCGCUGGAACACAUCAUACAAAUCCACAUCGCUCGUUCUCGGGGAGUGAUGCAGCGUCUUUGCGUCGCGAGCUGCGUCCACGCGUCCGAAGCGACCAAAGCAAGCGGAGUAUUCCACUUCCGCCACUGCACAUGCGCUUCAAGAACGAUGACGAUUCAGACCCUGCCCCUAACACAUCAUAG